AUGUCCGGACCUGAGUCCGACCAUGCUUCAGGAUCCGAGUCUGCCCAUCCUUCAGGAUCUGAGCCUGACCAUGCUGCAGGAUCCAGUGCUAAAUCAGCCACAGAAUCUGAUGAGAAUGACCAAGCAGCCUCGUUUGAGGAGGCAACUAGCUCGGAGUCCAUACCUGUACCACGAAAUGAUGACCCCACUCCAGUAGUCAGCGAGCCAAAUAGAUGGUAUAAGAUGUCAGUGGACGAACAAUGUGAGAAGAAAGAUGAAGAAAGUGGUGGAGUUGAAAGAGAGACUACACAGUUAACAGUGUCGAUAACAGAAGUGCAUAGGCGUUCCGAUGAUAUGUUUUUAGAGGUUGGAGAUUGUGUUGUAUACGAAGAUGUAUCCGAAGUUGGAAAUGGCGAUGAAUCCGAAGCUAGAAAUGGCGAUGAAUAUCAAGCUAGAAAUGUAUCCGAAAAUGGAGAUGGCAAUGAAUCUGAAGCUAGACAUGGCAAUGAUGACGAAGCUAAUGGAGAUGACCUAGUUCAAGAUAUAGUCAUUGACAACAAACAAUUUGUUUUUUACUUAUGUUUUGGGUUUGUUCUAGUGUAA